GGAGAUUACUCUUAAUUGCGAUGUCAAUAUAUCUUGAUCAUUAUGUAUAAGAUUUGGUAUUGGAGAGUUUGAUAUAUACGUCAUUCUCUACGAAUUAGAACAUAAUGGACGUAUGUUGAUAGUUUAAGGGGGUGAUUACUUGAGAAAAGUAAGAAACUUAAUUAAUAAGAGAUAAAAGCAAUAAAUUAAUAUCCAAUAUUUUCUCCCGAAUAAUAAAAUAGGAUUUAAACAUCUAGAUGCAGACACGUGUCAUCUAGAUGAAGACACGUGUCAUCUAGAUGAAGACACGUGUCAUUUUGAUCUCAGUAGUAUUAGUAAUAUUAUUACUAGUUUGAAAACUUCUCCAUAUUCAAACACCAAACCCAAUCAUUACAAUGCACUACUAACCUCAAGUAAUUGCCCUUCUUUCUGUCACUAAACACGAAAUGAUUACUACAUUGAAUUUUUAAAAAUAUAUAUAUAUAUAUAUAUAAGAAUUGAAAACGUCACCUUCUCUCUCUCUCUGUCCCUAACGCUUCAUCCGUACUCAUGGCCGUUUUUCGUUCGUCCAUUCCUCCCAAUCCCAAACCACCCUUCUAUUUGUCCAUCCUCUGAAUUUCCAUAUCCAUCUCCAUAUUCUCUUUCUAGAUAUUCUUCUCCAUUUUCUUGUUGUGCGAAUAUCUCAAUUUGUUCCUUUCGUUUUUCUUUUCGUUUUGUUUUCCCAUGGAGUCGGCGAACGGUGCUGGCUUCGCUCUAAAAACCCUAAUUGGGGUGUGAAAUUCUUGAGAGGCAAACUCAUCGGUGGAGAAUGACGAUUGUGACCGGAGAUCGGUACCUGGUGAAGUUGGUGGAGUUCGUGGAGGAGCAAGCCGGUCCUCUCAUCGAAGAAACCAAGGUCUUGAAGAUGAAUCCGGCGGGCCUCCACUACGUGCAAUCGAGGUUAGAGGCGCUGCACGAGGUCGAGAACCUCCUCGCUGGCGCUCCGGUGGACUACCUGAGAGCGUACGUGUCCGACCUCGGCGACCACCGCGCCCUGGAGCAGCUCCGGCGGAUCCUGCGCCUCCUCACCUCGCUCAAAAUAUUUUCUGUGCUGCCUCAUCCUAUUAGGGAUCCCACGCCCUUGUCCUUCUUGCCUUUUGGGCGCUUGAAGGCUCUGGAGCUCAGGGGUUGUGACUUGUCCACUUCCGCCGCCAAAGGCCUUCUUGAGCUCAGGCACACGCUUGAGAAGAUCAUUUGUCAUAACUCUACUAAUGCUCUGCGGCAUGUGUUUGCUAGCAGGAUAAAAGAGGUGAAGAAUUCUCCUCAGUGGAACCGCCUGUCGUUUGUGUCAUGUGCGUGUAAUGGCUUGGUUCUCAUGGACGAGUCUCUGCAGCUUCUUCCUGCGGUUGAAACACUAGACCUUAGCAGGAACAAGUUUGCAAAGGUGGAUAAUCUACAGAAGUGUACCAAAUUGAAGCAUUUGGAUCUUGGUUUCAAUCACUUGAGAACAUUUGCACCCUUCACCCGGGUUUCCCCUCAAAUUGUUAAACUAGUUUUGAGGAACAAUGCUCUAACUACUUUGCGUGGAAUUGAGAAUUUGAAGUCACUUGAAGGACUUGAUCUUUCCUACAAUAUUGUUUCCAAUUUUUCAGAGCUAGAGUUUGUUGCGGGCCUUCCAUAUCUUCAAAGCUUGUGGUUAGAAGGAAAUCCUUUGUGUUGUGCUCGAUGGUAUAGAGCACAUGUAUUCAGCUUUUUUGCCUUCCCAGAAAGGGUAAGUCAUAUUGUUCACUACUCAGCUGAUCUAGCUAUCUGUCUUCAUCUUUGUCUAUUUGUUUGUCCAUGUGUGCUUGUCGGUGUUGUGUGGCAUGGUUUUUAUUUAAUUGUACCUCAAUGUCACUUGCAGAGUUCAUUUAAUUUCUUUGUAAUAUCAUCUUCAUCUUUGUUAUUUUUAUCUGAAUCUUUUACUCUCUUAUUUCUAAACACACAUCUGGUCUUCUGUGNUAUUCAAAACGUUUCACGCAGUAUGAUAAAAUAA